AUGUCUAUAGCUAGAACAAGUUAGAGUUCAAAACAUCAAAUGAAGAGUGAGAGUCAAUUUCAAUAACAAAUAAAAUCUUUAAUCUAGAAUGUAAAUAAUCCACCUUAAAAUUUAACAUAAUAAUGGAUAAGAGAAAAAGAGAAUGAAUAAAAAUAAUUGUUUGAAGAAGUAAAAUAAAGUGAAUUUGGAGGAAGAACUUCAACUCUAACAUAAUUAACAUAACUUGCAAAAAAAAUUGAAAAAAUGAAGAAAAAUAUAAAUAAUGUUGCAGAUGAUCGAAUUAAAACUCCAGCUUCUGAUAAAAAGAGUAGAAAAUCAGCUAAAUCAGGGAAAUCAGUAAAUUGUUAAAGUAGAAGGACUUUAAGCAAAUAAACUUAAUCAAGAGUGCAAAUGAAAAGUUUGGAAUAAAGUAGAAGUAAAUCAUCAAAAAAGAGUGCAAAAGAGUUGAAGAUAUCAAAAAUACAAAAUACUACAAAAAAUUCAUUUGAUAAUAAAUUAGGUGGGUUUUAAAAAUUAAUGAAAAAAUAAAAAGAAGAUUUAAGAUAAAAUGUUAGAAUAACAGAAUCAAAAGCAUCUAAAAAUAAUGUUGAUCGUAGUUUAAGGUAAAAUUUAUAAUUAUUAUGAAGUCCAUCUAGACCAUCAAUAAAUUCAUCAAAAAGAAUAAAAAAUAAUAGAAAAGCAGUUACAUCAUAUUAUGAUGAUGGAAGUUCAAUUACAGAAUCUAGUGAUUAAGAGGAUAUGAUUAAUCUUAAAAUUAAUCCAAAAACAACUUUAUCUAAAUAUGAAACUUUAGUUGAUAGUGAAAGAAAAGGUCAAGAUAUUGAAAUAUGUUAGUUAAGUAGAGAGGAAAAUCUUAUGCUUACUACAAGAUUAGAAUCAAUCUCAAAAGAGAAGCUAUUAAGAGAAUAUCGUGUUUUAUAUUAUAGAAGUAAAGAAGUAAGAAAACUAUUAACUGAAUAUUAUGAAUAGAAUUUAACAAUUAGUGAUGAAUUAAAUGAAAUAAAAUAAUUAUUAUGUCAAAAAUAAACUGAAAUUAAAUAGUUAAAAAAGGAAUUAAAGUCCUAAACAAAAGAAUUCAAAUUAAUGCAAGUUGAAUAUGGUAAUAAAUUAGAAUCGCUUGAAAAAUCAUAUUAAUAAAAAGAAAAGAAUUCUGUUCCUAUAUAUGAUUAUGAUAGAAUUUAAGAAGAAAAUGAAAAACUCUUAGUAGAAAAUGAAUUAUUGAAGGAUGAUUAUAAAGAUAUUUAGUAGAAAUUACAAUAACUUGAAAAUGAUAUUUAUUAAAAGAGAUAAUUUGAACUCCCUGAACAAGAUAUAUCUUAAAGAUUAUAAAGAGAAGUCGAUUCUCUAAAAGAUUAAAUAGAAAAAAUAAGAGAAGAAAAUAUAAAACUUAAAUUACAAUUAGACAAAGAAAUGUUAAAUAACAGAGAAUUAUCUUAAUAAAUCAAUUUCAAGAUAAAUGAGAUAGAUGGAACUGUUGAAUUGAAAUAAUAAGAAUUAGUAUAAACAAAAAUACAUUUGUAAUCUGCAAAUUAAACAAUCUAAAAAUUAGAAUAAUAAAUAAAUCAGAUGAAAUACUAAAUAAUUGGAGAUCAAGAGUAAUCUUUUUAGGUAUUAGAAAAAAUAUAGAGAUAAGAAGAAGAAUUGAGAAUUGCUAAUUUAAAAGUUGAGAACAGAGAAAAAGAGCUAAAUGAAUAUAAAUAAAAAGAAUUGAGUCUAAAAAAGAAAAUUGUAGAAUUAGAAUAAAAAGUUGAUAAUUAAUCUUCGAUAUCUUAAACUUUUUAUGAUCCUAAUUUUUCUAUUAAUAAAUUAAAUAAUGCAGAAUCUUGUAUUAAUUUUAUUUAAUUUUAGAUUAAAACUAAGAAUUCUAAGCAGAAAGAUAAUUUUUGAUAAAGACUUAAGAACAAUUACUGAAUAUUCAAGUUGAAAAUGAAUAAUUAAAGCACAAUUUAAAAUAAUUAGAAUUAGAGUUAUCUUUUGAAAAAUAAACAAAUGAAUAAAUUAAGAUGAGAUUAGCUUAAUUAUAAGAUGAGAAAGAUAUUUCUAUUUAAAGAGUUUAAAAACAAUAUGAUGAAAUCGAAAAUAAUAGAUAAAAAGAAAUACUUAUAGCUGAAUAAUCAUAAAAAAAUUAAGAAAAUAUGUUAUAUAGUGCUUAAUAAAGAAUAAAUGAAUUAGAAAGUGAAUUAAGAAUUUUAAAUAAAUAAGAAUAAGAAAUGAAAAAUUAAAUUAAUGAUUAAAGAAUACAAAUUGAAAGACAGAAAUUAAAAAUUGAAUAAAAUGAAAUAAAAUUAACUAAAUUUUAUGAUUAAAUUAAUGAAGUUGAAUCUGAAAAUUUGCAUUUGAAUGAAACCAAUAAAUAACUAAGAAUCUAAAUUUAACAAUUAAAUAGGGAAGUUGAUUAAAUUGAUAGAAUAAAAGAUAAUUAUAAAACUAAAUAUUUAAGUAAUAGACAAGAUAGCAAAAAAUUAAUGAAUAAAAAUCCAGAAGUAUUUAUUAACUAAUAAUUAGAAAGAAAAUGUGAUCAAAUAAACAUAUACAAAUGAAGUAGAGAGAAUAAAAAAUGAGAAAGAGUAGUUAGAAAGAUUAAAAAGUUAAGAAGAUUAAUAACGUAUGUAGAGAGAUAAAAAAUGUUAAGUUAUCAACGAUUUACAAUAAAUGAUUAGAGUCAAUAAAAAAUCAAAUGAUAAAUGA